UCAGUAGCGACGCGGGCCCGCCGGGACAUGUCCACGGUAUGGAUUACCAAUGCGUGGUUGUGUACACGGUCAUCAACAUUGCACCGCCUCGGCUAUCUCAAACUGAUUUACCAAACGGGUGCAUUGAUUGGAUAAAAAAUAAAAUCAAGAGAGCAAUAGCAGUAUACCUCACAUCUUUGAAGUUGACGCCAAACAACGGAAUAAUUUAUGGCAACUUAGCGUGUCUGUAUUACAAACAAGGCUUCAUAGAUCUCGCUAUUGACACAUACAGACAAGCAAUAGAACUCCAACCUAAUUUCCCAGAUGCAUACUGUAAUCUCGCUAAUGCACUCAAAGAGAAGGGCCUCGUCCACGAAGCAGAAGAAUGUUACAAUAAAGCUCUACAGUUAUGUCCAACACAUGUCGACACUCUCAACAAUCUUGGUAAUGUUAAACGGGAACAGGGAAAAAUUGAAGAAGCCACUAAUCUGUACAUGAGAGCGUUGGAAGUAUUUCCAAAUUUUGCAGCAUCUCAUAGUAAUUUGGCAUCACUUUUGCAGCAACAAGGUAAACUAAGUGAUGCCUUAUAUCACUAUAGACAAGCGAUUAACAUUCAACCGAAAUUUGCUGAUGCUUAUAGUAAUAUGGGAAAUACCUUGAGAGAAAUGCAAGAUAGCCAAGGAGCACUGAUGUGUUUUAAAAAAGCCAUAGAACUAAAUCCAAAUUUCGCUGACGCUCAUUGUAAUUUGGCUAGUAUAUACAAAGACAUGGGAAACAUUCUCGAAGCGAUUGCCUUAUACAAAAUUGCUUUGAAAAUAAAACCAAAUUUUCCCGAUGCUUAUUGUAACUUGGCACACUGUUUACAAAUUGUUUGUGCUUGGGACUAUUACGAAGAACGUAUGCAAACAGUCGUUGAAAUAGUCGAAGAUCAAUUAUACAAUAGUGAUAAUUUAUCCUCUAUACAUCCUCAUCAUUCCAUCUUAUAUCCACUGUCUAACAGAGCAAGGAAGGAAAUAGCCGCCCGACAUGCUGAUUUAUAUUUAGAUAAAGUAACUAUGCUCACUUCAAUCACUUUUAAACAUAAUACAAAGCUCGAAGGACGUUUACGUAUCGGUUACGUCAGUAGUGAUUUUGGUAACCACCCUACGUCACAUCUGAUGCAGUCGAUACCAGGGUUGCAUAGUCGUUCAAAUGUAGAAGUUUUCUGUUAUGCUCUAAAUGUAGACGAUGGUACCACAUUCCGUAGUAAAAUAAUUAAGGAAUCAGAACAUUUCAUUGAUUUAUCUCUUAUUCCGUGUAAUGUUGAAGCUGCUAGACGAAUACAUAGCGACAAUAUAAAUAUUUUAGUUAAUAUGAAUGGUUAUACAAAGGGGGCGAGAAAUGAAAUAUUUGCUUUAAAACCCUCACCAAUACAAGUAAUGUGGCUUGGUUAUCCAGGGACUAGUGGCGCUGAAUACAUGGAUUACUUUAUCACAGACGAAGUAUCAAGCCCUCUAUCAGCAGUUGCGGAUUUUAGUGAAAAGUUUGCUUUUAUGCCAUACACGUACUUUGUAGGGGAUCAUAAACAAAUGUUUCCUCAUUUGAAAAAACGAUAUAAUGUUAGAAUUAAAGAUGAAGAAUACACGAAUGAUAAUGUGGCAGUAAUAAAUGCAGCGGAAGGUAUUAAUAUGAGUCAAUAUCUUGAUGUAAAAUAUUACGAAGAAAUUGUAGCCUAUGAAAAUUUAGAACCAAUAAAUGUAAUAAUAAGUGAAGUAGACAUUCCUAAGGACGUGCUUGAAUCGACAAUAAAUCCAAAACAAGAUCAGGUAUGCGUAAAUAAAACGAUAAUCGACAAUGGUUUAUCUAUGAUCAAUGUUGAUAAGAAGAUUGCAUCAGGGGAAAUAAUAUAUGACAACAUAAUAUUUACUUCGAGAAGACAAUAUGGACUUCCUGACGAAGCUAUAGUAUUUUGCAAUUUUAACCAAUUAUACAAAACGGAUCCAAAAAUUGUUGCAACAUGGGUUAAGAUUUUAAAAAAAGUGCCAAACAGUGUUCUCUGGCUUUUAAGUUUUCCAGUUGCAGGGGAACGAAAUUUACAAAAAUACGUUCGAAGUUUAGGAAUAUCGCCAGGCCGCGUUAUAUUUUCUAAAAUUGCUUCAAAAGAGGAACACGUAAGACGCGGGCAGUUAGCUGACCUAUGCUUAGAUACGCCUUUAUGUAAUGGUCAUACGACUACUAUGGAUGUUUUAUGGGCUGGUAUACCUGUAAUUACAUUACCAGGAGAAACUCUAGCGUCAAGGGUUGCAGCGUCACAACUCAAAGCACUAAAUUGUCCGGAACUUAUAGCAAAAAAUAGAAAACAUUACGAAGCGAUAGCUGUGGAACUGGGAACUAAUGAUCAAUAUCGUAAAUAUAUUCGGAGUAAGAUAUUUAAAGCACGCUUGGAUAGCACACUAUUCGAUUGUAAUCACUACACGAGAGCUUUAGAAAAUAUUUAUGCCAAAAUGUGGGAUAAUUAUCAAAAUGGAUUUGCACCGGAUCAUAUCAGGGCAUUUUAAUAGAUUUUUUGUGAACAGUUUAUCGUUUUUAAGAUAUAUACAAAAGGAUUUUAAACAAUCGUUUCUCCGUCCGGAAAAAUUCAAGGCCAAAAGAAGUAAUUGUUCAACCAGAUGAAAAAUGUUAUGUUUGUGUUUAAAAAUAUUGUAUGUUGUGAUGUAUAUGAAUAAAAUACUAUUCCCUUAA